AUGACAUCAAACUAUCAAGUGCGACACGAAACAGAUGCACACCGGUGGUGUUUUGUUAGGGCCAUGUUGGCCCUGAACCGAGUUCCCAAGGGAACCAAGGCAUUUGUGGUAAGCACUUCAUAUCUUGCAUUUUUGGAAGCUGAUGCAAGCUGGUUUCUGGGUGGCGGCAAUGCGUUGACCCAUGAGCAACCCGAAAGACUCCAAUGGAAAGCCCGAGCGCAGGGAAUGGUCGUGUACGCCGUUUUGAUUGCUCAUUCCACGGCCGGCCUCAUCUUCUGUAGGACGGGCUGCGGCAAGGUCUAUCCAGAGGAACACGAGCUUGACCAGGCGACCAAAAAAGAUAGAUAUGUCAUUAAGCACGUCAAACACAGCACUAUGGGCCACCUACACCUUGACCAUGCCGGCGGCCUGGUCAACUGGAUUGGAACGUAUGUCCUAGAGGUAGUCCAUACACUUUGUGCCGACUUGGGUAUCGGGAUGAAGCAUUACUUGAGUCUUGACCUCAACUGGAAGACUUUCGAUGACUCCACAGGCUUCCCAAGAAUCACCAUUCACAAUCUCCCUGGCCACACCGCAGGCCUCGUAGACAUGCAGCUCAAUCUUGAGCGCGAGGCACCCCGCGACCAUCAAGCUUGGUUCAACUCGAACAAUGGAGUCAAGAGGGGAAGCAACUACGAAGGUCACCGUCGCACCCCGCCAGCCACCGUCGUACCCCGCUAG